CAGGUCAAAGAGCGCGGCUAAAUUACUCAUUCCUUCCUACUUUCCACCGUCUAUAAAAUACACCUGCUCCAACCGUUGCCCCUGCAUUCUUAUCCUUAAUUCCUCUUCAACUUCUAAAGAAACCCUUCUAACAAACUUUCAAAAAUGAAUCUAGAUAUGUCCUUUGGAGAUGUUUUGGUGAAGGUUGCAAUGUUUUUGGUUGUUCAGGCCCUGGUUUAUCUCAUCCUUUCUAAGUCAUCCAGCAUUUUCUCGAACAACAAUAAGAGAUCCCUCAGCUUCAAGCCUGCUCGUUCCGUUAGUAUUCGCCGGAUCCUGGCUUCCAUCUCUGACUUACCCCAGGGGAGCGAGCCAUCUCCAUCUGCCAGUGGCGCGAGGUCACCUUUGCCACAAGAAUGUCCCAUAUUUGAGGAAAAUGAAUCUUAAUUUUCUGUGUUCUUUCUUAUAUAGUUUGAGAAAACAACAUUCUUUUGUUCUUUAAUUGUUGUAAAAGUACAAGAUGGUGUGUAUGUACCUAUGUAGAAUGAUAUAUGUAAUAACAUGUAACAAUUAAUUCGAAUUUCCCCUGGUAAUCCAUGGAUGUUCUGCUGCUACCAUGUCCAAAGUACUUCUCUGCUUAGGAUCUGCAAAAAAGAAAAAGCAAAAAAAAUUUAAUCUUACCACAUGUUAAUCUUUCUC